AUGUGAAAAGGCCGUCGAGGUCACGCUAUUGACGCUUUUCUCUUUCAAAAUGCCGGUCUCUCUUAUUUUUCAAUUCUUAAUGGAGUAGUAUUUUAUUUCGUCUUUUUCACUUCUCUAUUUAUUAAUUUUACAGUUUCGGACAUAACCCUCAUUUAGUACUAUAAAUAUUCUUGUCUACUGUCCGCUCCACUCAUCAGUUAGCUUCUUUUGAGGAAAAAAUGGCAGAGGCGUCACAGGUACGUUUGGGCAUACUAGGUUGCGCUAACAUAGCUCGGAAAGUAUCACGAGCCAUCGCGCUUGCUCCAAACGCCACUAUCUCCGCCGUCGGCAGCCGUACGAUCGAAAAAGCAACGGCGUUUGCUAAAGAAAAUGGGUAUCCGUCAAAUACAAAGUUAUACGGCAGUUAUGAGGCUGUUCUGGAUGACCCGGAGAUUGACGCCGUUUACGUUCCGCUUCCGACAAGCCUGCAUUUGAAGUGGGCUGUGUUGGCGGCCCAGAAGAAGAAGCACGUUUUGCUGGAAAAGCCCGUUGCGUUAAACGUGAAGGAGCUGGAUGCUAUUCUGGAGGCGUGCGAAUUGAAUGGGGUGCAGUACAUGGAUGCUACCAUGUGGAUGCAUCAUCCUCGUACUGUUAAGAUGAAAGAAUUCCUCUCUGAUUCUCAUCGUUUUGGCCAACUCAAAUCGGUACACAGCACUUUUGCUUAUCUUGGUGACCAAGAGUUUCUGAAGAAUGACAUUCGUGUAAAGGCCGACCUUGAUGCUCUAGGUGUUCUAGGUGAUGCUGGUUGGUACAGUAUUCGCGCAAUCUUGUGGACUACUGAUUAUGAAUUGUCCAAAACCGUGACAGCUCUACCUGAUCCAGAAUUGAAUGAAGCUGGAGUUAUCCUAUCUUGUGGUGCUUCUUUGAGUUGGAAAGACGGAAGGGUAGCAACUUUCUAUUGUUCGUUUUUAGCCAAUAUGGCCAUGGAUAUCGUUGCUAAUGGAUCCACAGGAAAUUUGAGGGUCCAUGACUUUGUAAUUCCAUUUCAAGAAAAUGUUGCUCCAUUUUACACAGUGGAAAAUUCGAGGUUUGGUGAACUUUCUACAGCGAUUCAUCCUGCACCAAGUGAGCAAAAAGUCAGCACAGAUCUUCCUCAAGAGGCUCUCAUGAUAAAGGAGUUCUCUAACCUGGUUGGAGGUAUCAAGGCGCAACGUUCUAAACCUGAGAAGAAGUGGCCAACGAUUAGUAGAAAGACGCAACUUGUGGUAGAUGCUGUCAAGGCAUCAAUUGAUAAAGGUUUUGAGCCUAUUGAGGGUGUGUGGAGUGCAAAAAUAUGAAGAAAAGGUGCUCUAGGUAGAGGAAG